AUGAGGAUACGAACACCAUGUACCGCUAUGAGGUUGAGUAUUGUCUCCGUGGUGAAGCUCUCUAUUUCACAGGAACACUCAUGGGUUUCCUUGGCCUCGCUCUGCUCCUUGGUGCCUUUUUGUCCUACGAGACACGUACAGUAAAGAUCGUCACUCUGAAUGAUACCUUCGUAUCCGGGAUAGCUGUCUACUGCUCCGUGACAUUCAGUGUGAUCAGUACACCUCUAGCAUUCAUCCUGGGCAACAAUCCUCAGAUUGGCUACCUUACCGUAGCUACCAUGGCAUGGAUCGGAGUCACUCUGGUGCUUAUUAUCAUCUUUGCACCAAAGUUUCACGCAGUUCGAGGUACCUGGGGUCAGAGGCAGAACUCACAGACGAGGAGCAUCCAAGAGAUCUACGAUGAGGAGGUUGAUGAGGAAACCAAACUCAGACACAAGAUUGAUGAGGUCGAUCGUGACAUCGAUGAAUUUAAGGAGGAGAUCAAACGUCGUAAGGAGUUUGGACGUCAGUCUCUAUUCAGAGGCUUCGGGAUCUGGUGCUUUGGACACUCCCUCAGGCUUAGCUGCGGACAUCGAAAGAUCAAGGUCCCAUCUCUUCAUACUCAGAUGCACAAGCCAACGAUGACCGAGUAUGACAACCACGCCCUCGAAGCCUCGGACUGGAAUAUUGCCCGACAUGGCACCCACGAGGCAGGGUCAUCGUCGUCUGGUGAGGGGUCAUCAGGAAAUCGGCAGGAGGGGUCAAGUGACGUCAUGGCAGCGGAGACGAUCAACAAAGCCAACGCACAAUCAGACUUGACUAAACUCUAGGCCUCUAGGGGCAUAUCUUGCUAUAAUAUCCGGAUGACAUUAU